CGCCGUCGGGAAUUGUUGCUCCUCGCCGCUCCGCACCAAGUUCCAGCGCGCGGCGCGUCCCCCGUGAGCGGCCGCCGGGAUGGGGGCGGCGGCGGCCGGGCGGGCCGGACCGCGGGAGCUGCUGCUGCCGCUGGCGCUGGCCGUGGCGUGCGCGGCGCGCAGCGCCGACGGGCCCAGCAACAUGUCCUACGUGAAGGAGACGGUGGACAGGCUGCUCCAGGGCUACGACAUCCGCCUCCGCCCCGACUUCGGAGGUCCGCCCGUGGACGUGGGCAUGCGGAUAGAGAUCGCCAGCAUCGACGUGGUCUCGGAAGUCAACAUGGACUACACCCUGACCAUGUACUUUCAACAAUCCUGGAGGGAUAAAAGGCUCUCCUAUUCUGGAAUACCUUUGAACCUAACUCUGGACAACAGAGUGGCUGACCAGCUCUGGGUGCCGGACACAUAUUUCCAGAAUGACAAGAAAUCAUUUGUCCAUGGGGUGACAGUGAAAAACCGAAUGAUUCGACUCCAUCCAGAUGGGACAGUCCUUUAUGGCCUACGGUUGAGCUGGUGUGCCAUGUUUUCUCUGGGGGCAAGGCAGCUCUUUAGAUGCAUCUGGAUCACAACAACAGCUGCUUGCAUGAUGGACCUACGCAGAUAUCCUCUGGAUGAACAAAACUGCACACUAGAAAUUGAAAGUUAUGGAUACACUACUGAUGAUAUUGAAUUUUACUGGAAUGGAGGAGAGUCGGCAGUAACAGGAGUUAAUAACAUUGAGCUCCCGCAAUUUUCUAUCGUUGAUUACAAGAUGGUAUCAAAGAGAGUGGAAUUUACAACAGGAGCAUAUCCUCGAUUAUCACUUAGCUUCCGGCUUAAAAGAAAUAUUGGAUACUUCAUUUUGCAAACUUAUAUGCCUUCCACACUAAUCACAAUUCUUUCAUGGGUAUCUUUUUGGAUCAAUUAUGAUGCCUCUGCAGCCAGAGUUGCUCUAGGAAUCACAACCGUGCUGACCAUGACCACCAUCAGCACCCACCUCAGGGAGACCUUGCCAAAGAUUCCCUAUGUCAAGGCAAUAGAUAUUUACCUGAUGGGAUGCUUUGUGUUUGUGUUCCUGGCCUUGCUGGAAUAUGCCUUUGUAAACUACAUAUUCUUUGGGAAAGGACCUCAACAUCAAAAAAAGACAGCAGGCAGGGCAGGACAUGCUCCAGGCGAGAAGAGCAGACUGGAAACAAAUAGACUCCAGAAACUUCAUCAAAAAUAAAAAGCAAAGACAGACUGUUGCUUCAGUGAGCCCUGAAUGAAGCCCACAUGACAGAGCUUCCAGGAACACAAGGAUGCCGCUGCUAGUUUAUAACAGCUUUCACAUGUCAGGAUUUUUCCUUCAGCUAAAUUCAAGCAGACCUCAACUACCCUCUCUUAAAAAAAAUAAGCCAGAAAAGAUCUAGGAAGUAAUACUAUGGACUUUUUUUUUUACAGGGACAAGUUUAAUUUUGCAAUACAUCACUGAGCACUUGCAAAUUGCCAUAAACCUAUUUCAACUUUUCCCAGUUUUUCAGAAAUAAACCCUUCAAAGCCUCAGGUGUAUUUGGCCCAGUCUGACUCAGAGGAAAAUACAUAUCCUAAUGAGCCAAAAAUCUUCUUCCUUUCUCUGCUUUUCUUACAAUAUAUUACAUCCAAGUACUAACGAGAUCUUACCCAGGCUGUCCUAUAAACUUCUGUACUGUUGUGGCCUGAGGUGAUAACAUUUGGUCAAAACUUUAUUCGAGCCCUCUGUUCAGCUGGAAGAAUGAGACUGACACACAAAACUCUAACAGGUAAGACCAUUUCUUGAUGGAUGGUUGCAAUUUCACAUACAUAUCAGGAAGUGUGUUUCAGAAACUCUGUGAUAUCUUAUUUAGUUCUAAAUUUGUGUGUCUGGUGUCCCAGCAGCCACACCACUACAGCUAAGCAUCAUUAACAAAGCUGUCAUAUUCUCAGCCUCAGUGAACUCAUAAGCCCAUUAAAAGUCCUUACUCGCAUUUGCCUCCUGUCCCCUUGUGUAGGAGAUGCUUUAUUACAAUGGGGGUACAAUAUCAGUUCAGACAAUCAUCAGUCUCCAAGGUCCCACAAAGUACUGUCUUCCACAGAGCAGAGGAGAUAAGCCACCCUCUUAUGGAUUGUUGCACACAGACACUGUCUAUGCAUUUCUAUGGCAAAUAAGGAAGGGAAAAAAACCAACAAAACUCACAAACUGACCAGCCACCUCAACAGCUCCUGAGAUAACCCAGCCUAGGUGAGAAGCAGCACAGCAAGGAUUCAGGAUGAAGAGGGAAUCGAUGCUUCUUCAGAGGUCAGCCUUGUCCCUGCGGGCCCCAGUGCACUGAACUGAGUAAAGGAUGAGAAAGUGUAAAGGAUAAGAGUGCCGGUAAGUUCUUUUUCCUACAUAUUUGGAGAGUUUGUUUAACUAACAAAAGGCCCUAGCUCAUAACUAAAAGCUUUUGUCUAAAUGUUACAUGGCAAAGAUUUAACUGAGGCUGGUACUCAGAAUGGAACGGAAUCGAAAGUUUUCAGAGCACCACAUGCAUACACCAGCAUUUUUCUGACAGAAAAAGAAGGCAUACAUGCUUUGUACCAGGGUUUGUAAGUGCUUACACUUGAGACAGCAAUUCCAUUUUGAGGCUGAAAGUGCUUUAAGUGAACAGACUGCUUUCUGCCUGUACAGUGCAGGUUUGUUAACAUUCAUUUUACUCAGCAUGGAAAUGCUGAUGUCCAACAGUUGUAUUUCUGUCCUUGGCAGGAAGAAUGUACAUGGCUGAAGAAGUGGGACACAGUAAGGUUAUGUGAAAACAGCUUUGAGCUCCUCUCCAUUAUGUUUUGAGAUUUUUCACUGGUAUUAUGAUGUCUGUACCAGAGC